CUCAAAACAGAACGAGUCCAACCGUGUCGACACCGCCAUCGGACGAUCACCGAGGAGAGAAGUUCGUCUGUGUUGUGGAUAUCGGGUUGCUAUCUUUUCGCUGAGGAGAGCAGUUCUUCUUCUUCUUCCUCUUCUUCAUCAAGCGGCUUCCGCUGCCGAAACCGUCUUCUUUGCACUUUCAAGAUUAGAUUAAGGAACUAGAUCCGUGGGUAGGUAGCAGGGGAUUGUUGAUUUCUAGGGUUUCUGCGUUUCGAAUUUUGUGCUUUGUCGGUGCGGUGAAGGGAAGGGAAGAUGGAGGAGUUUCAGGAGAUGGAAAGGUUCGGGAUGGAGAACGAUUUCGAAGACGGUCAGUGGAUUGGUGGGGAAUUCUACUACCGUAAGCGCAAGGACAAGCGCAUUCAGACCAAAGACGAUGUUCUUUACGGCGUCUUCGCCUCCGGUGACAGCGAUUCCGACGCCGAUGACCGCAAAGGUUCUUCUUCCAGGAAGCGGAGGAGAGAUCUCUCCAAGAAAGCCGACUUCACCAAGCCGGUCAAUUUCGUCUCCACUGGAACCGUCAUGCCCAACCAGGAAAUUGAUCGCAAUUCCAGGGAAGAUAAAAUAGACGAUGCUUCUGAAGACGACAAUAAUAAUGAACCUAAUACAGCUGGUUUAGGUCUCUCUUCAUCCUACUCUGGUUCUUCUGGCCUAGGCUUCCAUUCCAGCUCUACAUCUAAGAGGAAAGAAUCGGAUGACGUCCAGAAUGACGACGCGGACUUCCUUCCUACUGCUUUUGGCAGGAAGAUUAAGGAAGGUGCACAGCAACGGCUUGAGAGGGAAAAAGAGAAAUCAAAAUUAUCCAAGGCAUCUCAAUCCAGAAGGCGCGAUUCAGAGCUUGGCGAUGUUGGUUUGUUUGAAAAGCACACAAAAGGGAUUGGGAUGAAGUUGCUCGAGAAGAUGGGUUAUAAAGGAGGUGGGCUCGGGAAAAAUGAGCAAGGGAUUGUUGCUCCCGUUGAGGCAAAGAUGCGGCCCAAAAAUAUGGGAAUGGGUUUCAAUGAUUUCAAAGAGGCCAAUUUGCCAGCAUUGCAGGAAUUAGAAGAAAAAAAAUCGUUGCCUGGGGUGUCCCAGCCAGUGAGCCGGUCCAAAGUGAAGUUGUGGUCGAAACAAACUCGGCCCAAGAAGAAGGAUUAUGUUACUGCUGAAGAACUGUUGGCCAGGAAGCAAGAGCAGGGCCUAGAAGUUGUUCAAAAAGUUUUUGAUAUGAGGGGACCUCAAGUUCGUGUUCUGACAAACUUGGAGAACUUGAAUGCAGAGGAGAAAGCUAGGGAAAAUGACAUUCCUAUGCCUGAGCUUCAGCAUAAUGUGAGAUUGGUUGUGGAUUUAGCUGAGUUGGACAUACAGAAAAUUGAUCAGGAUCUGAGAAGUGAGAGGGAGACGCUGGUAACUUUGCAGAAGGAGAAAGAGAAGCUUCAAUCUGAUGCAGCUCGCCAGAAGAAACAGUUGGAAAACAUGGAAGAAAUAGUUAGCUUGUUGGACCGAGUUGGGGAGGAAAAUUCACUUGGUAUAUUGACUUUAGAUGCCCUUGCAAAAUUAUUUGGGGAUUUGCAGAAGCGGUUUGCUGAUGACUACAAGCUGUGCAAUUUGUCCUGCAUUGCCUGCUCACUUGCCCUUCCUUUAUUCAUUAGAGUCUUUCAGGGAUGGGACCCUCUUCAAAAUCCAGUUCAUGGGGUGGAUGUGGUGUCUUUGUGGAAGAAUCUGUUGCAAGGAGAGGAUAUUUUUGAUUUUUCUGAUGCAGGAUCACCUUAUACUCAGCUGUUCAUGGAAGUUGUCUUCCCUGCUAUUAGAAUAUCUGGCACCAAUUCUUGGCAGGCAAGAGAUCCUGAACCUAUGCUACGGUUUCUUGAAGCUUGGGAAAAGCUGCUACCUCCUUCAGUCCUUCGAAGUAUAUUGGACAACAUUGUUAUGCCCAAACUGUCAGCUGCCGUGGACUUGUGGGACCCACGCCGCGAAACUAUUCCAAUCCAUGCUUGGUUGCAUCCAUGGCUACCACUAUUGGGACAAAAGCUGGAGACUUUCUAUCAUGUUAUACGUAAUAGAUUGGAAGGUGUGCUUCAUGCUUGGCAUCCUAGUGAUAUGUCUGCAUACUACAUUUUGUCUCCUUGGAAGACUGUGUUUGAUCCAGCCAGUUGGGAACAACUAAUGGUCAGAUUUAUCCUUCCAAAAUUGUUGGCUGUUAUGCAUGAAUUCCAAGUAAACCCUGCAAACCAAAAGCUCGAUCAGUUUUAUUGGAUCCAGACAUGGGCUACUGCUAUUCCCAUUCAUCACAUGAUCCCGCUAAUGGAUAUAUUCUUUGACAAGUGGCAACAAGUUUUGUAUCACUGGUUGUGUUCAAGCCCAGACUUUGAAGAAGUGACUGAAUGGUAUUUGGGCUGGAAGGCGCUGAUACCGCAAGAGCUUUUGGCUAAUGAACAUAUUAGGUAUCGGCUUAAUCUGGGUCUCAACAUGAUGAACCAGGCUGCUGAAGGCAUGCAAGUGGUCCAGCCUGGUUUGAGAGAAAACAUAAGCUAUCUUAGGGUGCUUGAGCAAAGAAACUAUGAGGCUCAGCAAAAAGUACCAGUGGAUGUUCGAGCUUCUACUGGCCUGGGUAGUACAACCCAGAUGGAUAGCAUGGGUGGCGGGCUUGAGAUGAGCUUGAAAGAAGUUAUUGAAGUGCAUGCACAGCAGAACGGCUUGCUAUUUAAGCCCAAACCUGGCAGAAUGCAAGAUGGGCACCAGAUAUAUGGCUUUGGUAACAUAAGCAUUAUAAUUGACUCCCUAAAUCAGAAGGUAUUUGCACAAACUGAAGACAGGUGGUCUUUAGUAUCCCUAGAGCAGCUGCUGGAGAUGCAAAGUUCUGGUUCAAAGCGACGUUGACUCAGUCUAGUGCUUCUUGGGUGGAAAAGAUGCAUUGAGCUUCAGACUGAAUUAAUAGGGUUUGGGCUAUGUUUGUUUCCAGCAUGAAUAUUGACCUAAGUGUAAGGUUUGCUCUAGGUUUUCAGCUUGUUUCUGCUGGAUUUGGAGCAGCAUUCUAACUUUUGAUGAUGUUACUGCCAAGUUGUUACAUUUGAGACUAGCAUCAGUGGAUACAAUUUUGUUUCUUUUUUUUUUUUAUGACAUCUUCUUUUCCCUAUCAUUCAAUAUCUUGUAAUGCAUAGCUUUGUUGAGAUUCUGGAUUUGGAAGCUUGCUCAAGCAUUUCUAACGUUGA